UUGAAGGGGAUAGUAGAGCGGCGGCGGCGACGACGGCCAUCUUAGAGCUACCGUGGUAACCGACACUCAUCUUCUGGAUUUUAUUUUUAUUGUUGGAGAAACAUUCAGCCUGACUGACGUGGGAAGAAGAAGGUUGUUUUUUACUUCGUCGCGGUUGAACUCGAAGUCGGGAUGCGUGUCCGAGGGAAUACACAAUUUGCAUCCGCUGUCGGACUGGUCCUCGGACUAUUAUGUGCGGUGGAGGCAGCUAAAGUCAAUAAGCACAAACCAUGGAUCGAGACGACGUACCACGGGAUCGUAACGGAAAACGAUGACAAAGUUCUUCUGGACCUUCCUCUAAUUGCACUGGACAAGGAUGCUCCUCUACGCUACGCAGAGAGUUUUGAGGUGACUCUCACUGAAGAAGGUGAGAUUUGCGGCUUCAGGAUCCACGGGCAGAAUGUCCCCUUCGAGGCAGUGGUUCUGGACAAGUCCACUGGCGAGGGGGUCAUCCGGGCCAAGGACAAGCUGGACUGCGAGCUGCAGAAGGAGCACACCUUCACCAUCCAAGCCUACGACUGUGGAGAGGGUCCUGAUGGCGCCAACAUGAAGAAAUCCCACAAGGCCACUGUCCACAUCCAGGUGAACGACAUCAAUGAGUAUUCACCAGUGUUCAAAGAGAAGUCCUACAAAGCCACUGUUAUUGAGGGAAAGAAGUAUGACAGCAUCCUGAAGGUGGAGGCAGUGGAUGCCGACUGCUCUUUCCAGUUUAGUCAAAUCUGCAACUACGAGAUUGUCACCCCUGAUGUGCCCUUCACCGUCGACAAAGAUGGCUUCAUCAAGAACACAGAGAAAUUGAGCUACGGCAAAGAGCGCAUGUACAAGCUGACUGUGACCGCCUACGAUUGUGGAAAGAACCGUGCCUCCGAGGAUGUUCUGGUCAAGAUCAGCGUCAAGCCCACCUGCAAACCCAGCUGGCAAGGAUUCAAUAAGAGGAUUGAAUAUGAGCCUGGCACAGGUAGCCUGGCCCUUUUCCCCAGCAUGCACUUGGAGACCUGCGAUGAGCCAAUCACGUCCAUCCGAGCCAACAUUGAACUGGAAACCAACCAUAUUGGGAAGGGCUGUGACCGUGAUACCUACUCUGAGAAGUCCCUGCACAAGCUGUGUGGAGCCAGCUCCGGCACCGUGGAGCUUCUGCCUGCACCCAGCAGCUCCGCCAACUGGACGGUCGGGCUGCCCACAGACAACGGGCAUGACAGCGACCAGGUGUUUGAGUUCAAUGGCACCCAGGCCAUCAAGGUUCCCAAUGGCAUGGUGAGCACCAGCCUAAAGGAGCCCUUCACCAUCUCAGUGUGGAUGAGACAUGGCCCCGGGGCCCACGAGAAGGAGACCAUCCUCUGCAACUCUGACAAGACAGAGAUGAACAGACACCACUACUCGCUGUACGUCCACAACUGCAGGCUGAUCCUUCUCCUCCGCCAGGAUCCCUCAGAGGCAGAGAACUACAAGCCAGCCGAGUUUCACUGGAAACUUGACCAGGCGUGCGACAAAGAGUGGCAUCACUAUGUGCUGAAUGUGGAGUUCCCCAAUGUGUCUCUGUUUGUGGAUGGAACUACCUUUGAGCCCUUCCUGGUAACAGAGGACUACCCACUGCACUCCUCCAAGAUCGAAUCCCAGCUCACCAUUGGUGCCUGCUGGCAAGACAAUUCAGGACAUGACAAUGACACUGAGUCAGUCUCUGAGCCCACCUCAGGUGGAAAUGCUCGAAUGGCUCAGUUUUUCCGGGGCAACCUAGCGGGGCUUAUGAUCCGCUCUGGCAAGCUGGAGAACAAGAAAGUGAUCGACUGUUUGUACACCUGCAAGGAAGGACUGGACGUGCAGCUGCCUGAGGAGGUAGCUUCAUCUGUAAAGGUUGAGUUCAACCCCAACCAGUCCUCUCUGACAGUGGAGGGCGACGACAUUGAUGCCUUUGACAAGGUCAUGCAGCACAUCUCCUACUUGAACUCCCGCCAGUUCCCGACCCCUGGCAUCAGGCACCUUCGCAUCUCCACCACCGUCAAAUGCUUCAACGAGGAGUCCUGCGUAACAGUGCCCGAUGCCGAAGGUUAUGUGAUGGUGCUGCAGCCCGAAGAGCCCAAGAUCAGCCUGAGCGGCAUCGACCACUUUGCUCGCAGCGCUGCCGAAUUUGAGAGCCAGGAAGGGGUGACGCUGUUCCCCGAGCUACGCAUCGUGAGCACCAUCACUCGCGAAGUGGAGGCCGACGCCGAGUCUGAAGCGGCAGAGGGAGCUGAUGAUGACCCUACAGUCCAAGAGACAGUGGUGUCAGAAGAGAUCAUGCACAACCUGGACACGUGUGAAGUGAGUGUGGUGGGAGACGAGCUGGACGGGGAGCACGAGGGUCUGGAGGUGGACAUGUCCCAGCUGCAGCAGCACAGCCUGGAGAUGAGUUCCUCUAACCUGGGCCUCGUCAUCACCGGUGUGAACACCAUGGCCAACUACGAGCAGGUCCUGCAUCUUAUCCAUUACAAGAACUGGCACACCGAGGCUCUCUUUGACAGGAAAUUCAAACUGGUCUGCUCCGAACUCAACGGCCGCUACAUCAGCAAUGACUUCAAGGUCGAGGUGAACGUAAUCCACACAGCCAAUCCUGUGGAGCACGCCAACAAUGCCAUGAUGCAGCCCAACUUCAUUAACCCCGUGCAUCAUGCCUCUGUGGAUCUGUCCGGUCACAACCUGGUCAACGCUCACCAGGCCUCAGUUGUUCCCAGCGCUGCCACCGUUGUCAUUGUGGUGUGCGUUAGCUUCCUGGUGUUUAUGAUCAUCCUGGGCGUGUUCCGCAUCCGAGCUGCACACCAGCGCACCAUGACAGACCAGGAGAGCGGCAAGGAGAACGAGAUGGACUGGGACGACUCAGCCCUCACUAUCACCGUCAAUCCCAUGGAGACGUACGAGGAUCAGCACAGCAGCGAGGAGGAGGAAGAAGAGGAGGAGGAGAGUGAGGACGGAGAGGAGGAAGAUGACAUCACAAGUGCUGAGUCAGAGAGCAGCGAAGACGAGGAGGGUGGAGAGCCGGAGGACCAGCAGGGGGCCAGCAGACAGCAGCAGCUGGAGUGGGACGACUCCACCCUCACCUACUAAAACAGCACACACACACACACACACACCAACAAACGCAUAUAACACUAAACACAAGCUCAGACACACACAUCACCAAGUCACACUCACUCAGAUCCUCACACACACUCCCACCCCCCUACAAGGAGCCAUGAUGUAAAAAAAUACAAAAAAGCUAAACAAAACUUCCCUUCUGCGUAUAUAUGGUCAAGGCUUUCCUGUUGUUAUCUUAGUGGUGGUACUCAGUGUAGUGUAGUCAUCACCGGAUUGCUGAUUUUUACUGUUUACUUUUUUAUUUAUUAUAUUUUAAUUCCCAGGAAAACUUGGCCUACAUUUGUUCUGAAGUGUGUGAGGAAGCCAACCCUGCACUUUUUUAGUUUUUCUCUCAGACGUAAAGCUAUCAAAUGGAGACUUUUUCCCCCCCUGAUGUAUAUGCUUUGCGUAAUGCUUUUAGAAUGGUUUGCCGCUAAUCUCACGUAUAGCUUUGACUUGAGUUUUACUUGACUUGUAGUCCACAGUGAAACAAAGCGACGCUUUCAACAAGUAGAACGCCUUUUCUUUUCGCUUUUCUUUUUCAAUUCUUUUAGUGCAUGAGGAUAUUUGAAAAGUCAUAUGUGUAGAGAAAUAAAUUGCUUUUUAAAGAUUUUGUAAAUAUAAAGAAACCAUGUAAUUAGUCGAUGUGUUAGUGAAGGCCUACUCAACGGGGUCCAAUAUCUAAAAUGACGCAGUUCGUAAUGUAGAAUAUUUGUGUCACACAGGCUGUAGCAUGUUGCUAAAUUUCCGCAAAAGCUUUUCCAUCAUGCUUGUAUAAAAAUGUCUGCUUCUUGAUGAGAAACCCAGGACUGUUGAGCGGAGGUUUCCAUGACAAAGUGGUGUCCAUUUUGUCUUUUUUUUUUUUUUUUUGCAAUGAGAAAAAUCAUUUAUUUUGCUUUCUCGUAGGCGGGACUGGUGGAUGGUUUUAGCUUCAUACAUUGCCUUGCUUUGCUUGCACAGGUGGCAAUGCUCUACUCCAGGCGUCAGUGUAUUUCAUUCCCAAUAGAUCUCACUGUUGUACAGAAGGGAUUUUCUUUUUGUUCAGAGUAAUCAUACUCAGAGAAAUGCUAAUGUACAAAUCGACAUUUCGUGUGGAACGGUACAAACACGAGGCCAGCAGGUACCGUGGGGCUGUGGAUCUUGAAAUAUGGGUACUAACGUUUCUGCCAGUGUAUCUGGACAAGUGGAGAGAUUUCCUCAGCAGCUUUAAAAGCCUUGUCCGUAUCCCGGUCCUGCUGUGCUGACAGAAAGUAAGGAGGAAAAAGCCCUUCAAACUACGGAACGAGCAGAGACGGAGCUUUAGUGGAGCCUAGUUGAAUAGUGCAGUUGCUGCCAUUUUAUUUGGGGGGAGAGAAAUUAAAUGAAAAUACUUUUCAGGAUUGCUUUGUUGCAAGUUUAUUUUCCACGGCACGGCUAUUUAACCUUAAAUAAUAAAACGUAGAUGCAUUUUUAUACCAGUUUCCUAUUGCACAACAUGCACAAUCUUUAUCUUUAACGGAGGUUAUGACGGCAUAGUCUGCGAAAGGGAAACGGUUUAAAAAUGUAUCUUUUAGUCUGAAUCUUAAAUGGAAAUAUUGUUUUGCCGUAGACCACUAGAUUUUAUUGUACAUGGAACUGUACUGUAGAGUUGUUCUAAGAUAUUUGUUUACAUUUGGUAAACUUAUUUUCCUUCUGGUAUUAGUAUAAAGCUUAUACAAUUGAUUGGGAAAAUGUGUCCAACCUCUAUCUCCUCUCAGACACUGUUGUCCAUCACUGUUGUAUAUAUCUUUCACAGAACCAGAUACAAAUGUACCUUCACACUUAACUACUUAGUGUUUGUCUCAUGUUUUUUUGGGUACCAAGUUAAAAUGUUAACAUUUCCCAAACCUGCAUUAAUUAAAGCAGAUCAAAUUUGGGGCAUCAAAGGUGAACGGAACGUGGCAUUAUCGGGAUUAGAGAUGUCGGUGUUUUUGAGUCUCAUAUUUUUGCAUGUAAUUGUAUUUUCAGAGGCCAAAAUUGAAUUCAACAAAACAUUCAAGGCUCUUUUUUUGGAGACAGUUUCCAGGAUUCUUGUGAGGGUUUGAGUCGCACCGUUGUGUUUCUUAAGUUCAAUUAAUUUAUCAUUUUAAGAGGUUUGUGGUUGAAAUGUAGAGAACAGUGUCCCCUCCAUGAUGACUCGGACUUUUGAUAAAAAAAGGGGCCAGGUCUGAGCCGGCUGAGAUGGGAGUGCCUUUUUCCGAUCAUAGCGCAAUUAGCAGGUCUAACAAAAAACACUCAUCCGUGCUCUUUAAUUUGUGGCAAUUUUUGUUUUUUAUUUGUAUUUGUUUAAUGCUAGAUUUCUUACAGAGCUGGGGAUUACAUUUUGUUUCAGUUUGUUGUAACAAUAGUCCACUGCUAGUUUUAUUAAAAGUGAAAAAAACGUUUUACAUAGAUGUCAUGUGUCCAUGUUGAUGUGUAGAGGAAGUAGAUCCAUAUUGUAUCUUCUAUAGAAAUUGUACUAAAUCAUUGACGGAGUCCACCUUUCAAAAGAUGUACAGUACAUUAUGAAAUUGCUUUGGCAGCAUACGUGAGUAUACUGUUAACUGAUCUAUUUGUGUAUAGUGGAAGGUCAUUUUGAACAGUGUCCUAUUGCCUGAGUUGUUGGGAAAUGAUUUUGAGGGCAGCAUGAAAUUCACAAGAACCAGAGUAUAAGCCUGUCGAAAUUCUCCGUUUCAUUACAUCAAACACUUAAUGUCCACAUUUCAUCUACAAUUUUAAAGUACAAUGCCAUGGGUCACUGAUAUGUGCACACUGACUCAAGUCAAGUCUCCACGGUGACUCCACCACCUCCAGUUUUCUGGGUUUAAUGGUUUCCGAUCAGCCCCCCCGAGCUAAGUGUAAGUUGGUUGACUUGAAUGUCACUGCCUAACAAACUGAAAUGCAGCCAUACUGUAAUAACACUAAGAUUUAAGGGGAAUUUACUUUGCAUGAACCACAAGUUUGUGUACGUUCCAUGUGGGGUUGUGAGACAGGAGACGUGAUACACUACUGAUUCUCAGAUUGUCUGUUUCACACGUCCACGACACUCCAGAUAUAUAUAUUUUUCUUUUUCUUUUAAAAAUGUGCUCAAAAUGGAAGGUGACGAUGUUUUCAGAACGGUUGAAUGCUUCCUUUGUGCUUGUUGGAGCUGCUCUCACUUUUCUACCAAUUGAAAGGCAAAUUGUAGUGAAGUUGAUGCUUGCUCGUAAACAAAAUAAAGAACGAUGAGAUGGGGUAUAA